GCGGCGUUGCUCUUGCGCUUUUCUCGUACAGCUGAGCGGCAGCUAUGGCGGAGGCGAUGGAUCUGGGUAAAGACCCCAAUGGGCCCACUCACUCCUCCACUCUGUUCGUGAGGGAAGACGGCAGCGCCAUGUCGUUUUACGUGCGGCCCAGCUCGGCCAAGCGCCGGCUGUCGACGCUCAUCCUGCACGGCGGCGGCACCGUGUGCCGGGUGCAGGAGCCCGGGGCUGUGCUGCUAGCCCAGCCCGGGGAGGCGCUGGCCGAGGCUUCGGGCGACUUCAUCUCCACGCAGUACAUCCUAGACUGUGUGGAGCGCAACGAGAAGCUGGAGAUGGAGGCCUACCGGUUGGGCCUGACGGAGCAGGCGUCCGAUCCCAAGCCCGGGGCUUCCGCCGAGGGCUCCACGGAACCGGAGCCGCAGCCCCUGACCGGGCGCAUUGCCUACACCGACGCGGACGAUGUGGCCAUCCUGACCUACGUGAAGGAAAACGCUCGUUCGCCCAGCUCGGUCACAGGCAACGCCUUGUGGAAAGCGAUGGAGAAGAGCUCGCUCACGCAGCACUCCUGGCAGUCGCUCAAGGACCGCUACCUCAAGCAUCUGCGGGGCCAGGAGCACAAGUACCUGCUCGGGAACGCCCCGGUCAGCCCGUCCUCCCAGAAGCUCAAACGGAAGGCGGAGCAGGACCCCGAGGCCGCGGAUAGCGGAGAGCCACAGAACAAGAGAACGCCAGACUUGCCGGAAGAGGAGUGUGUGCAGGGAGAGACCAAGGAGAAUGGAGAGACAGUCAACAAGCUGUUUGAGGAAGCCACUCGGGAGUUCGGAGAAGCCGUGGUGGAUGAGAGCCCUGACUUUGAAAUACAUAUAACGAUGUGUGACGGUGAUCCACCCACACCUGAGGAAGAUUCAGAAACGCAGCCAGACGAGGAGGAAGAGGAACCAAAAGUGUCUACACAAGAAGUGGGGACUGCCAUUAAGAUCAUCCGGCAGCUGAUGGAAAAGUUUAACUUGGAUCUCUCAACGGUUACACAGGCCUUGCUGAAAAACAGUGGCGAGCUGGAGGCCACUUCCUCUUUCUUAGAGUCAGGACGGAGACCCGAUGGUUAUCCCAUCUGGUGUCGGCAGGAUGACUUAGAUUUGCAGAAGGACGAUGACGACACGAGAAAGGCACUGGUCAAGAAAUUUGGAGCUCAGAAUGUUGCUCGGCGGAUCGAGUUCCGCAAGAAAUAACGGGCAAGGUGAUGGAGAGGACGUGGCAGGUGAUGAUGUAAGCAUCUUGUGACCAUUGACACCAACCGGUGCUGCUGCUCUGUGACCCCAGGUUCUGCAGCCAAGCAGUGUUGUGUAGCAGGAUAAAACAAUAGAAGCGGGAUCAGCUGCCCAUGGCAAGCAUCCCUGUUCAUGAUAGGGAAACCUAAGCCAGAGAGGUUGGUCUGUGUAGCAGUGAUCCUUGGUUGGAAUGUGUCCCCCAUUGUACAGGUGACAGGAGCCCAGUGACAAAGUCAAGGUUAGAAACGAAAGGGCAUCUGACUUGGUGAGUGACUAACCUCCUGUCUCCUGGCAGAAGUUGCUUUAGGUGGUGGGUCCCAAACCAAGAGUCUAGAAAUAAGAUUUAAUUGCAGAGCUUGUACAUGGACUGUUCCAAAGUAUCCCAUCCCCAGGGAGCUCUGGUUUCUGUGUUGACUGUGUUGAAAAACCUCACAGUCAUCUUGCUAACAGUCUUUGAAACCUCUUCUUCCUUGGCUGUUGCUUUUUGAGUUCUGAGUCAAGACUCUAUAGCACUCAUUUGCUUACUUACCACUCACUGUGUGAACACGAAGCCCUAGGCUUGUAGGAGCUUCUAUCCUUUCGACAUUAUAAAAGAUGUCAUAUACAGACUUCACAGUCAAUAAUCAAAAAAAACAAGUUACACAACACACACACAAAUCUUAAAACUCUGUGCUGUAAGUUAGUGAUUCUGUGUUUGACCCUUGUACCUAGCUAUCCUCAGACACUGUUGGCUGGAUACCGUUAAUUGUGAUAUGUUGUUUUAAAAUUUAAUGGAACAUAAGUUUUUCUGCUGAAAAUUAUGCUAGACUUAAAAUUUAAUGGAUUGGUCCACUUUGUUGUGUUGUUUUUGUCAUUGAAAAUAAAUAUAACAUUGUGUUUGA